AUGCAGCUCAUUGAGACAUUGGCUCAUUUGUCGCGCGAAAGAACGCCCGAGUGUACCAGAGACUGUUCCGACUUUACCAGUGCCAGUUUCUUGAACAAAGCCGGGAAGAAGACCCCGGUCCUGCAGCGUGUUUCGACCGUAGGGCCUGAGUCUGGAUCUGCGGACACCGCUCGCGAUGUGCAUGGCUGGGCGAUGAAGCUCUACACCGACGAGGGAAAUUUGGACUGGGUGUUCAACAACACAGUAGGACGGCUGCCUUACUCGGAAUGA